AAUAAACAAAGCUUAAGAUGAUAAUUUUGAUUAUGAUUAUGCACUAAAUUGCCUUUUCUGAUUGUAGGAUUUAGCAUCCAAAAAAGCAUAUUGGAAUAGUUCAGAAACCAAUUUCAAUUUUAUAAUUGAUACAAGAACCUCUGAUAGGAUAAGAAAGGGUUAACCAAUUUGAGAUAGAAAGAUUAGAGUUUGAUUCUAAUUUAGUGUUAUAGCAAGAAUUAAUAGAGGAAGAUGUAUCUGAAUUUCCAAAAUAAAAUUAUACGAUUCCAUAGUUUGAAAAGUCGAGUGAGCAAAAGCAAAGUGCAUAUAAGUAAGAGUUCCAGAAAGUAAAAUAAUUAUUGAUAAAACUACACUACAAAGAAGUGCUAAUAUGCUUGUUUGUAGUAUCGGUUUUUUCAUCAUUUAUUUGGUGCAUUAUAAAAUUAUGUAUUUUAUUUCGACCUUAAAAACAUCCAGACAAUGAAGAAGAAUAAAAAUUAUUAGGAGCUGAUUAUUCUAUAUUGAAUUCUAAGACCAUAAGUGAUGAUGAAUAAUUGAAUCAAAGCACUUAGAUAAAGUAUAAAAUAACUGACAUGACACCAUAAAUAAGAAAUCCAUAUGAUGAAAGUUUUGUGAAAGCAUCAAUCAAAGCAACCACUAGAGGAUCAGCAUGUGAUCAAAGUCUAUUGGAAAUAGAUGAGUUGUUAUAAGAAAUGCUGAAAUGAAUAUAAAUACACAUACAAUUCUUAUUAUCUAUAUAUAUAA